CAGUGCGCCAAAUCCUCGUAGAGUUUGUGUGAAGAACGAUUCGUCGGAUUCGUCGUUCCUUGGCCGAGUUUCGUCAUAGGCGCUGGGCCGUCGGGAUAGAGUUUGUGUUGGGCUGUUAUUUAUUUUCGAACAUUUUUGUUCGGGUUUCGGUGACGGUGUCCUGUCGGCUUUCGGUGGCAAACAGUUCACAGCAGUCAGCCAUGCUGGAUACACCAGACAUCACUGUUUUGAUCAAGGCUCCAAACCAGAAGCACGACGACCAUCCUGUGCAGUGCCGAGGGACUUGGACAGUGCAGCAGCUCAAAGGACAUUUGGCUGAAAACUACCCCACAAAACCAACGCUCCGGGAGCAGCGUCUGAUCUACUCGGGCCAGCUGCUGACUGACGACAGCCGGCUGGGGGACGUCCUGCGCCGCCAUGACGACGACUCCACCGUCCACACCGUACACCUGGUGUGCGCGCCGCCGGCCGAACCCGCCCCCUCACACGCCGGGGGCGGCCUCCGACACAGGCGCCAGCAGCAGCAGCAGGCGGCGCCGCAGCCCCAGCCUCAACAGCCGCCACAGCCGCAGGUGGCAGCGGCGGCGGCGCCGCCGGCCGGCGCGCUGCCGCACCAGUACGACCUGGGCCAGUGGGCGCAGCAGCUGCACGGCGGCCACCACCAGCUGCUGGCCAUGCAGCACAUGUACUCGCAGUACUGGGCCCAGUACGCCCAGAUGAUGCAGUACGGACCAGGCUCGAUGCCGCUCAUCUGGCCCCAGCCGACUCCGGUACCGGCCGCCGGGUCGGGACACCUCCCGGCCGCCGCCGCCGCCGCCCACACCCCGCCGCCCGCCGCCCCCGCCCCCGCCCCGGCGGCCGCCCAGCAGCCGCCGCCCGCCCCCGCGCCGGCCGCCAACAACAAUCAGAACGUUCGGCUCAAUGCGCAGGGUGGUGUGAUGGAGGAGGAGGAGGACGCCGGCGGCCAGUGGGACUGGCUCGACUGGCUGCACGGCCUGGCCCGCCUCUCCGUGCUCUUCUUGGCCGUCUACUUCUACGCCUCUGUCUCCCGGCUAGUGCUCGUGCUCGGCUUCGGAUUCCUGGCCUAUCUGUACAACCAGGGCUACUUCCAGCCGGCCCGGGUCGCCCCACCACCCGCUCCGGCUCCGGCUCCUGCUGCGGCUCCGGCUCCAGCUCCGGCUCCGGCUCCGGCGGCUCAGCCUGGAGGAGAGGACGGUGGGGACGCCGCUCAGCCUCCCCAGCGGGAGGACGGGCAGGAGGAACGACGGGAGGACCGCCGGGAGGACGGAGAGCUCCGUGUCAGCGAGGAGCUGCGACGGGUGAUGGAGCAGAUGGGCGUGGAGCCGCCGCAGCUGGAGAACCGGCCGCACCCCUUCACACUGGCCUGGACCUUCUUCAUAUCAUUCUUCGCCUCACUGAUACCAGACCGGAUCGAACAGUGACGCCGCCCCCUGUACUCCCACCUACACUGAGUGUAAAUUCGCUGUACGCGCCCGUAGCAUAGCUCUGACACUAGGUUAGCGAACGCAACAUAAUUGUUUAUUACGGCAAGGCGUUGUCCUGAUAUUUAACGUGGACAAACCGCUCCUGGCCCACCCCGGAGAGCGGUUGGGUAGUCCGAUGGGUGUGUAAAAUCUCCCGGCGGUAGUCUACCACCGGUAGUCGGUAUCAUGAGUUCUAUUUUUGUGCCAGAUGAUUUUAGUUGCUCGUCUGUUGCGGCGGCGACGGAAGGUUUGUGUGAUAGCUAGUCGGAGAUCGUCCGGACGGGCCGGGUCGGCCCGGAAAUGGUCCGCGGCAGGUGGUGCUUUCUGAGAGAGAGAGAGAAACUUGCCGACAGCGCGGGGGGAAACGGACGAGACUUUCGGAGCGAGUCGGCUCGUCAGGGCGGCGUGUGGGCUGCUUUAGGGAGCGGCGGAAACCCCGACUUACGCCGUGCCGUUACUGCUUGGGGAAAUAGUUGCGGGCGUGUUGCUAUUUAAUAAUCUAGAUAAACUAUAUGUUCUAUUACGAUAUCAGCUGACGACGACGUUCCGAGAAGAUUUUGACCGUGUGCCGUGCUCUUAGAAAAUAUCAGCCGGGAAUAUCACAGUUGUCUUUUAGGGUUCUGUGCCCC